AACAGCUCCAUGGUGCGUCAUUGCGUGUGACGUAAGGAAACACCAGGAAGUGAUACAGGCGGCUAACUGGCUAGCUCGGGGCUAGCGAGUAGAAAUGAAUCUCCAUCUGAAACAUAGUUGUGUGUGUUUUCAGAGGCUGGAACAAGACUGACAUUUUGUUCACGCACUAGUGAGGUGCACAGCCACACAAGGAAUCUACAAUGGGCCAGCGAAGGAGAGCAGCAGCUGUGAAUAACCCUUCGUCUCAUAGAGUCUCUGGAGCUCCUGCAGAGGUUGCCAGGGUCCCCAGCAGGAAGCACAACAUCUGCAUGGUGUCUGACUUCUUCUAUCCGAAUAUGGGAGGAGUAGAAAGUCACAUUUACCAGCUAUCACAGUGUUUGAUUGAAAAGGGACACAAGGUGGUGAUUGUCACCCAUGCCUAUGGCAGGAGGAAGGGUGUCAGGUACUUGACCAACGGACUGAAGGUCUACUACCUCCCCCUGCAGGUGAUGUACAACCAGUCCACAGCCACCACCUGCUUCCACAGUCUCCCACUGCUGCGCUGUGUGUUUGUAAGGGAAUGCAUCACUGUGGUGCAUGCACACAGCUCGUUCUCUGCCAUGGGCCAUGAUGCACUGUUCCACGCUAAGACCAUGGGCCUUAACACGGUAUUCACUGACCACUCACUCUUUGGCUUUGCUGAUGUGAGCUCUGUGCUGACCAACAAGCUUCUGACUGUGACGCUGUGUGACACCAGCCACAUUGUGUGCGUGUCAUACACCAGUAAGGAGAACACAGUGCUCCGUGCAGCACUCAACCCAGAGAUAGUGUCUGUUAUUCCCAACGCUGUUGACCCGACGGACUUCACCCCUGACCCCUCCCAGCGCCAAGACGACAGGAUCACUAUUGUUGUGGUCAGCCGUCUUGUCUACCGUAAAGGAAUUGAUCUUCUUGGUGGAAUAAUCCCAGAGCUCUGUCUCAAACAUCCAGAUCUGCAUUUCCUGAUUGGUGGAGAGGGGCCAAAGAGAAUUGUCCUGGAGGAAGUGAGAGAGAAAUACCAACUACAUGAAAGGGUGCGUCUGCUGGGGGCUUUGGAGCAUAAAGAUGUUCGUAGAGUUCUGGUGCAGGGUCACAUCUUCCUCAACACAUCUCUGACUGAAGCGUUCUGCAUGGCCAUUUUAGAAGGAGCCAGCUGUGGACUGCAGGUGGUCAGCACUCGUGUGGGGGGCAUUCCUGAGGUGUUACCUGAGGACUUGAUUACCUUGUGUGAGCCUACUGUGCGGUCAUUGUGUGCUGGUCUGGAGACGGUCAUUGCCCGGCAGCGUUCAGGAUCCGUCCCCUCCCCCGCCUCUAUCCACGCUUCCGUGGAAAAUCUCUACACCUGGAGAAACGUUGCCGAGAGGACUGAAAAGGUGUAUGACCGAGUAGCUGGAGAGGAGGUGCUUCCCCUGGACAGACGGUUACGAAGGCUGAGGGCUCACUGCGGCCCUGUGGCUGGCUCCAUUUUUGCAUUUGUAGCUGUUUUAGACUUCCUCUUCCUGCUGCUUCUGCAGUGGUUGGUGCCAGAUCGGGUCAUGGACGUCGCUGUGGACGCCAGCGGACCUCAAGGACUAUGGAGGCAGGAACCAAGCUGUAAAGUCAGAGCUCCUUCUAAAAGUGCCAUGAAGCGAGCAGCAGAGCCGGAAAGUUCAUCAUAGUAAUCAGACUAUACCUCUGCCUCAUUAAUAGCUGCUUACAUGGCGUCCUCUUUAUGGUGCUGACUGACAUGAAACAUGGCUACUGAAUGCUGAAUGUGCUCAUGGUGACUCCAAACAUUGUUUACAGUUACUUAUCAAAAGAGACCUUGUGUGAAAGCAUUUGCACUGAACAGAGAGAGUAAAAGGGCUUGUUAAUUGUUCACUAGGAAACAAAAUGGCAGUAACCUAUAUUCACAUGGAUGCAAACAUAAUUUUGUGCAGAGCUGUACAUCUGUGCAAAUUCCUUUAUUUGUCUGAUUUUGAUAUCAUGAAUGCCUCUCCUUUAUUUAAUAAUUUCAGAUGGUACAUAUUUAUAUGAAACCUGGGAGUUUUUUUCAGAUGGUGUGACUCCCAGACAAUCCACUCUGGAAAAUAAAGUGUAGUUUCUAAUGUUUAA